AUGAAGGAAGGAGCACCAGCGCACGGCAAAGUUGCCCAUCUGUUACCCCAGACGUACAAGCGGUACAUCUCGGAAUGGCUCGAAGAGGACACCCCGAGCUUCGACUAUGGCGGCUUUGUAGUUGGCGAGGAGAUAUCUGAAGCUAAGCUGCUCGGAAAGAGUGAAGGCAUCGUCGCAGGUGUACCUUUCUUCAAUGAAGUCUUCCGACAAUUAGACUGCACUGUGGAGUGGCACAUCGAAGAAGGCGCGUCCUUCGAGCCAGUUGCCCACUGCGCCACAGUACGAGGUCCCGUUCGCCAGCUUCUCCUAGGCGAGCGUGUAGCUCUUAACACUCUCGCUCGUUGCUCUGGCAUUGCAACAAAGUCAAAACGUCUCCUCACUCUCCUUCGCGAUGCUGGAUACCCUAACAUACUCGCCGGAACUCGCAAAACGACGCCUGGUUUCCGACUCGUUGAAAAGUACGGUAUGCUCGUUGGCGGUGUUGACGCACACCGUGUCGACCUGUCUGCUAUGACUAUGUUGAAGGACAACCACAUCGUCGCUGCGGGUAGUAUAACAAAUGCAGUUCGCGCCGCAAAAUCAGCAGGGGGGUUCGCUAUCAAAGUUGAAGUCGAGUGUCAGAGUUUUGAAGAAGCAGAUGAAGCUAUCGCAGCAGGCGCCGAUAUCGUAAUGCUAGAUAACUUCACGCCUGAAAAUGUCAAAGUUGCUGCGGCGCAGCUGAAGGAGAAAUGGGGACGAGGCCAGGGCGACAGAAAGACGUUUUUGGUGGAGGUUAGUGGUGGUUUGACAGAGCACAAUGUCGAGAAGUAUGUUUGUGGGGAUAUCGACAUUGUAAGCACCAGCAGUAUACAUCAGGGCGUGCCGCAUGUGGACUUUUCCCUGAAGAUUGUACCAAAGACGAAGUAG